AUGAGUGCAGAUGUGUCCAAGAUGUAUCGUCAGAUUUCGGUAGAUCGUGAUCACACUCCACUACAGCGGAUUUUUUGGAGGAAGUCGUCCGACGAUCCAUUACGUGUUCUUGAGCUCUCAACUGUGACCUAUGGCACCGCAGCAGCGCCCUUCUUGGCUACUCGGGCUCUUCUGCAGCUUGCACGUGAUGAACGAGAAAGGUUUCCACUGGCUUCUUUGGUCGUCGAGAAGAAUAUCUACAUUGAUGACGCUCUUUUCGGUUCUGAUGACUUUCACCAGGCGUGUGAAAUUCGAGAUCAACUGAUAGCCCUAUUAAAGGCUGGCGGAAUGCACCUUCAUAAGUGGUCAUCCAAUACCGGCCGAUUACUGUCCCCUAUUGCUAGCGACGAUAGAGAUAGGUGUGUUUCGUUCAGUGAAAGUGAGGUCAACGAAGUAAUUAAGACGUUAGGAUUGAUGUGGAAUCCUUCAACUGACGAGUUCUUGUUCUGCUUACCAGCUCCAUCCCAGGUCAACCGACCCACUAAGCGUCAGGUACUAUCCGAAAUCGCCAAGAUUUAUGAUCCUCUUGGCCUAAUUUCUCCUAUAGUCGUGUUGGCUAAAAUAGUCAUGCAAAAGUUGUGGAUCAGUAAACUGAAAUGGGAUGAUACAUUAGAUGGCAGCCUUCUGGAGGAGUGGAGAAACUUUCUAGCAGCAUUGCCAUCGUCGGAGCAAAUUCAUAUCCCACGGCAAGUGUUAUUAUCCCAUGCCGUUAGCUACGAGCUGCAUGGUUUCGCGGACGCCUCGCAACGAGCAUAUGGAGCUUGCGUGUAUGUUCGGUCAAUAUGUUCUGAUGGAACCGCAUCACUUAGACUAGUCAGUGCUAAGUCAAAAAUAGCACCCAUUUCCCCUCUGACAAUCCCAAGAAAAGAAUUACUUGCUGCUCUUCUCCUAUCAAGACUGGUUACCAAGGUAGAAGCAGCUUUGGAGAUGAAUUUUCCCUCCAUUGUUCUAUGGUCUGAUAGCCAAGUUGUUUUGGCAUGGUUGCGUAAACCUCUUUGUAAUCUUCAAGUUUUCGUCCGCCAUAGAGUUGCAGAAAUCACGUCCAACGAUCGUUACAAUUGGAAGUAUGUUCGUACGGAUCUUAAUCCCGCUGAUACAGUCUCUCGAGGGCAGUCCGCCAACGACUUGAUCGUUAACGACCAAUGGUGGAAUGGUCCAUCCUAUCUACGCAUCAUCGACUAUCGAGAAGAACGGCCAAAAUCGCUACAGGAAUGUGAAAUACCAGAGCUGAAAGCAGAAGUGGCCGCACUAUCGGUGAUGAAAUACGACGAGUUCCCGCUAUUAACUAAGUUCGCUUCAUUUCGGAAGACACAGCGCAUCGUAGCCUACAUGCUUCGGUUCCUGUCAAACGCUAGAAGGAAGAAGGAAGAUCGUUUGGUGUCCAGGUACCUUACCAUUCCAGAACUACGAACCGCUUCAAACGUUAUAGUUGGAGCAAUCCAGCACCAGGAGUUCUCCAAGGAGAUUGAGUGUUUGAGAUCAAAUGUUCCUAAUCAUCGUCUUAAUAAUUUGAAGCCAUUUUUGGAAGGAGAUUUGCUGCGAGUUGGUGGACGGCUGAGUCAUUCUCAGCUCCCAUUUGGAGUGAAGCAUCAGUUAGUCCUCCCUAACAAGAGUCCCAUUGUGCACCGUUUGAUUGCAGAAGUUCAUCGAGAAAACCACCACGCUGGUUGUACCAGUGUGCAUUAUCUUUUACGACAACAGUUUUGGUUGAUCAACGCAAGAUCAACGAUUCGAAAGGUUCUGAGAAGCUGUAUAACAUGCUUCAGAACCAAACCCAUCACUAUCGAUCAGCAGAUGGGAGAUUUACCACCAAGUCGGAUUACUCCAGCACCAGUUUUUGAGAGGGUAGGACUUGACUUUGCAGGUCCAAUUUUCGUCAAGCAAUCGGUGCGACGAGCAGUUCCAGUUAAAGGGUACAUCUGUGUUUUCCUGUGCAUGGUGACGAAAGCCAUUCAUUUGGAAGCCGUCGAAGAUUUGUCAACGGAUUCGUUCAUGGCCGCCCUUCAACGCUUCGUAUCCAGGCGAGGAUAUCCAAAGCAGAUGUUCAGUGACAAUGGCACAAACUUCAUCGGUGCGUGA